AUGGGUAAGCUUUCCCCCUCCCCGCCAGCGAAAGUGGAGCUACCUGAUGUGAAGUGGACGGCUGCUCCGUUGCCCGAGAUCAAGGACGUGAUUGAAGAGCCUGCGUCGAUCAAGCACUUUACGCAGUCGUCGAGCAAACACGCACUCACUCCGAUCGGUAGUUCGGCGGUGGCCGGCACAACCGACGGACCUACCUGGAAAAAUCCCAUUCCCCACCCAGUCUACAACCUCGAAGCCAUCGACGACAUCCCGCAGACACACCACCAGCCACGGAAGAUCCAUGAAUACGUGGCUCUACUCGGUGUCAAGACGCUCCGACUCGGCUUCGACCUCCUCUCGGGGUAUCGCGGCCCUGGAGCCGCCAUGACCGUGCAGGACUGGCUCAACCGAUGCCUCCUCCUCGAAACCGUGGCAGGCGUACCGGGCAUGGUGGUGGGUAUGGCGCACCAUCUACGCUCGCUGCGGUCGCUCAAGAGAGACUCCGGUUGGAUCCACACGCUGCUGGAGGAGGCGGAGAACGAGCGCAUGCACCUGCUCAUCUUCAUGAACAUGAAGCAGCCUGGGUGGGGCUUCCGCAUGAUGGUGCUGGCUGCGCAGGGGGUCUUUUUCCCCGCGUUCUACCUGGCCUACCUCGUUUCUCCCAAAACGUGUCACCGCUUCGUGGGGUUCCUAGAGGAAGAAGCAGUGAAGACAUACACAAAUUUACUUGAGGACAUGGAGCACGGACACCUUGACGAAUGGUGCACCACCACUGCACCGCUCAUUGGCCGCAGCUACUACAACUUGCCGGAAGACGCCAAGGUGUACGACAUGAUCAAGUGCAUCCGCGCGGACGAGGCGAACCACCGCGACGUGAACCACACGUUCGCGGGGCUCGACCAGAAGCGCGGCGUCAACCCGUUCGUUGGCCAGCACUAA